CCAUAGUCCACAACUCCACAACUGUAGUUGUGAUUUUUUAGUUGAGAGAGAGAGAGAGAGAGAGAGAGAGAGCACAAUAACCAUUAACCAAGCCUCCCCUCCCCUCGCUCUCCAAAACUUCCUUUCCCUACAAACAGAUAAAAAGUUCCCCCAGUUGUUUUUGUCAAACCACCGAUCGUUUGUUUCCCGGGAAAAUCAUUUCCUCAUUGGCUUGUCACUUUCCGGGAUUAUUUUUGUUACAGAGAGAGUCGUUGCCUGCCUUGCUUCUCAACCGUCAUUUCUGGUGUGUAGAGAUGAAAGUGGAGGUAUGCAUGGGAGAUGGGGGUUGGAGUGAAGAAGACAAGGCUAUGGGGGCGGCUGUUUUGGGCACUAGAGGUUUUGAUUACUUGAUUUCUAGCUCUGUCUCGGCUGAAUGCUCCUUGAUGUCAGUGGGGAGUGAUGAAAAUUUUCAGAAUAAGCUUUCGGAUCUCGUGGAGCGACCCAACGCGUCCAAUUUCAGUUGGAAUUACGCCUUUUUCUGGCAAAUUUCACGGUCCAAGGCGGGUGAUUUGGUCUUAGGAUGGGGGGAUGGGUCUUGUAGGGAGCCAAGGGAAGGGGAGGAGUCUGAAUAUACCCAAACUGCCCAUUCUAGGCUUGAGGAAGUGACCCAACAGAGGAUGAGAAAAAGGGUGCUCCAGAAAUUGCAUACGUUGUUUGGGGGAUCGGAUGAGGAUAGUUAUGCCUUUGGAUUGGAUAAGGUGACAGAUACUGAGAUGUUCUUCCUAGCAUCCAUGUACUUUUCCUUCCCUAGAGGGGAAGGUGGUCCCGGGAAGUGUUUUGAAUCUGGGAAGCAUGUUUGGAUCUCAAACUCUUUGAAGACUUUGUCUGACUAUUGUGUUAGAUCCUUCUUAGCGAAGUCUGCAGGUAUUCAAACCAUUGUUCUGAUCCCAACCGAUGUUGGAGUCGUUGAAUUCGGAUCCUUGAGAUCCAUUCCUGAAAGCUUUGAGCUGGUGAAGUCAAUAAGAGCAUCAUUUUCUUCGUUUUCAUCACUUGCCAAGGCCAAGCCAACGGAAGAUGUAAAUGCCCAUUUUUUUAAAUUAGGUAAUGGGGAGCGACCAGAUGGGAUUCCGAAGAUUUUUGGGCAGGAUUUGUACUCGGGCAGAUCCCAACUUAGGGAAAAACUUGCUGUUAGAAAGGCUGGGGAGAAGCCAUGGGAAGCAUACUCAAAUGGGAAUCGGACUCCAUUCCCAAACGCUCGAAAUGGACCUCAUGGAUCAAGUUGGACACAAUUCCAGGGUGUGAAGCAAGUGGCCACAGCAGGAAUUUACAGUCCUCACACUCCAUCAAACAAUCUACCAGAGGUCAUCAAUGGUGUUAGGGACGAGUUUCGGCUUAAUCAUUAUCAGCCUCAAAAGGCAGCUGCACCUAUGCAAAUUGAUUUUACAGGUGGGGCCACUUCGAGGCCUCCUAUAACUUCCCAUCCGGUUAGUGUUGAGUCUGAGCAUUCAGAUGUGGAGGCUUCAGGUAAGGACGAGCUGGCUGGCCCAGUUGAUGAAAAGCGGCCUCGAAAAAGGGGAAGAAAGCCUGCGAACGGAAGAGAAGAACCGCUCAAUCACGUGGAGGCUGAGAGGCAGAGGAGAGAGAAGCUGAACCAGCGGUUCUAUGCUUUGCGAGCCGUUGUGCCAAAUAUUUCAAAGAUGGACAAAGCCUCUCUUUUGGGAGAUGCCAUUGCUUACAUCACGGAGCUCCAGAAAAAGCUCAAGGACAUGGAAUCGGAGAGGGAAAAUUUGGGGGCUAACCCGAUUUUAGAAAAUCAAACAAGGGUUCCUGACAUUGAAAUCCAAGCUACUGGACAUGAUGAAGUGGUUGUAAGGGUUAGUUGCCCUUUGAAUACCCACCCAGUAUCAAGAGUCAUCCAAGCAUUCAAAGAGGCACAAAUCACAGUUCUUGAGUCAAAACUUGCAACUGGGAAUGAGACGAUAUUUCAUACGUUUGUGAUCAAGUCUCAGGGAUCCGAACAGAUUACGAAGGAAAGAUUGGUUGCAGCGUUUUCUCAUGAAUCCAACUCGAUGCAGCCUUUAUAGUUACAAGAGAACUGGAUUUUUAACGUAGUUUGUAGGCAAACAUAUGUAUCGAGAAGUCAUUGGAAAAGCUUCUGCAGAUGUUUUGAUAUGCAGAAAGGGAUCAGUAAAAUAACUACCUGUUGACAAAGUAGGGCAGCAAAUCUUUAUUUUAUCUGGUUGUUUAUAGUAUACAUAUUCUGUGAUAAGGAAGUAUUCUUGCAGGAUGAAUUAAAUUUGUAAGUUCAACCAACUCUUCAAUUGUUUCUUGUUUAGAGGCUGAUAAAUUUAUACAGUAGGAUUGUUUUGAUUUUAA